CUGCCCAAGGCUUUGCCUCCUGCGCUGGGCUCGCGUUCGCUCCGUCCCAGUGGGAUUCCUUGUGGUGUGUCCCGCUGGGUGCUGGGUUGGCACCGAUCCCUGUUUGUUGUCACUGCACUGGGGUCACUUCUGCCACAUUGUCUGUUCUGUGGUGAUGCUCUAAAAUGGCAGCCUCAGACCUCAGAGUCUCUUUUGGCUCCCCACCCACUGCUUUCUGAUGUUUUCUCUCAUCUUAAAGUUGUAUUUACUUCAACUUCACUUUUCCAAGUAUUUCCGUAUUUCAGAGGAACACCAGUACAUGGGACCCAGGCCUAAGCCACACCAUGCCUGCCAUUUUUACCAGACGUCCAUGUCCUGAUUUCUAAGAACUUGGUGUUUAUGACCCAAGUAACUCAUCCUUUUGUCCCUCCUGUGCCCUGCUGCAGCCCUGCAACAUCUGAAGUUAAACAGGCAGGUUCAGACCCCGCUGGCACAGGCCGGGCUAUGUCCAGGACAGAGCUCCAAGUACACUGCUCUCCUCCCUCUUACAGCUCUGCCAAUGCCUCGGGGAUGGAGGAGGUGGAAAUCUGGCUCUGAAAGGGUUGCAGAAGAGCAUGGCCCAAUUCCCAGUUCACCUCUUGACAGCCGGGGAGCUCCGGCACGGCGUUGGGCUCUGAGUGCCAGCGCAUCCUGUCCCAUUGCCCAACGUGUUGUGUCUAGAUGCGCUCAGGUGGUUUUGGAUCUGGGAAUUGCUGGUUCCGUGCCCACCGCCCUCGCCUUGGCAGGAGCGGGGAGCCGGACUUUUCUUGGAUUGUCCGCGCGUGCAGUCACAGCCCUGGCGCGCCGCCAACGCCUUUUCCAGAGGGACACGGCCAAGCGGAGAGGAAAUGACAACCGCUAACAGUUCGCAGAGGGCUUAAUUCUAAAUGGAAUUUCUAGGGACAAAGAAGAGGCGCUUCGCUAACCUACGGGCAGAAACCCCAGCGCCGGCGGCCGCCGAGCGGCCGGGAGGGCUCCGGCCGCGGGACAUCGCCCGCUGCCCCCGGGGAUCGCCCCGGGCGGCUCCGGCCGCGGCGGGGGAAGCGCUGCCCCCUGGCCCCCGGCUCCGCCGAUCCGCCGCGGGUUUUGCGGGCGGCAGCUCCGCGCCGGCGGCGGCCGGGGCCGGCCCGCUCCUCCUUUGUGACGGGGGGGAGGCUCCGCUCCGGGCCGGGCUGCGCUCCGCUCCGGGUUUGGCAGGCGGCCGCGGCGCUGGGUAAAAUGGCAGCGCUGAGCCUCGUGUCGGACUGAGCCCGCUCGGCCGAGCAGAGUCGGAGCUCGCCCAGCCCGGCCCCGCCGCCGCUCGGCCCCGCUCCGGGGACGGCGCCCGCCCGCCCGCCGUGUCCCCCCUCCCUCCCUCCCGCCUCUCCCGCACCGGGAGCCCCGUCCCGGGUCCCCCCCCACCCCCCCUUUCCUCCUCCUUCCCCCCCACUCCCUCCUCCUCCCCUUUCUCCGCCGGCUGCAACCGAGGAGGUACAGCGGGGCCAGGCCCCGGGAAGCCCAGCCCAGCGGAGCCCUCCCCGCCUCGCCGAGCAGGCCGGGGGGGAAUGAGCCCCCGCUGCCCUGAAGAGCCGCCCGCCGCCGCCUGAGCGGGGAGAGCAGAGCAGCGAGGCCUCACGCCGGCCGGCCAGGCAGGGAGCAGCUCGGGGGGACCGGUCCGGGGGGGUGGCCGGGCGGGGAGGGGGGGAUCAUGGCUGCUCAGGUCGCCCCCGCCGCCGCCAGCAGCCUGGGCGCCCCGGCUCCAUCCGAGCUGAAGAAAGCGGAGGCGCAGCAGCGGGAUUGUCCCCCGGAGGAGGCGGGGGGUGAGGCGGCGGCGGCGGAGCGCGGCGAGAAGCAGGCGGAGAGCGAGGGCCCGUCGGGGAAGGAGCUGCAGGACGGGGCCGAGAGCAACGGAGGGGGCGCAGGGGCCGAGUCCGACCUGAAGAGCUCGAACGGGAACCCGGGCCCCAGGCCCGCCGCCGCCGCCACCCUGAACAAUAACCUCCCGGAGCCGCCCGGUGGCGGCGGCGGUGGCGGCGGCAGCGACGGGGUGGGGGCGCCGCAGCCGCCGCCGCCGCCGCAGCAGCAGCCGCCCCCUUCCCACCCGGUCGCCUUGCCCCCGCCAGCCUACGGCUUCGGGCAGCCCUACGGCCGGGGCGCCGCCGCUGCCUUCCACCAACAUGGCGGACAACAAAGCCCUGGCAUGGCAGCGCUGCAGAGCGGGGGCCUGGAGCAGAACUACCCGGGGCCGGCGGGAGCCCCCGCGGGGCCGCCCCCUCCGCAGAACUCGCACGGCGCCGGGGCCGAGCACGGCUUCCCCAACCACCAGUACAACUCCUACUACGCGGCCGGGCGCAGCGCCGGCUCCUACCCGCCUCCCCCCCAGGCCUACGCCCUGAGCUCCCCCCGGGGCUCCGCGCCGCCGGCCGCCAAGUCCCCCGCGGCCGCCGCCGCCGCCUUCCAGCAGCAGCAGCAGCGCUUCGGGGUCAUGGGUCCCUCGGCCUCCGGCGGCGCGGGAGGAGGGGGCACCACCCCGCAGCCCACGGCCACCCCCACCCUCAACCAGCUCCUCACCUCCCCCAGCUCCGCCCGCGCCUACCAGGGGUACCCAGGGGGCGACUAUAGCGCCGGGCCGCAGGACGGGGCGGCCGCCGCCAAGGGCGCCGCCGACAUGGUCUCGCAGUACGGCGGGGGCAGCGGCCAGGGCUGGGCAGCGGGCGGCGGGGCCCCGCCGAGGAGCCACCACGCGCCCAUGAGCCCCGGGAGCAGCGGCGGCGGGGGACAGAGCCUCGGCAGGAGCCAGCAGCCCUCAAGCCCGAUGGAUCAGAUGGGGAAGAUGAGGCCUCAGCCCUACGGAGGGAACAACCCCUACACGCAGCAGCAGGGGCAGCAGCAGGGCCACUACCCCGGGCAGCCCUACGGCCCCCAGAGAUACCCCAUGGGCAUGCAGGGCAGGGCACAGAGCGCCAUGGGCAGCAUCUCCUACGCACAGCAGAUGCCUCCGUACGGGCAGCAGGGCCCCAGCGCCUACGGGCAGCAGAGCCAGACUCCCUACUACAACCAGCAGAGCCCCCACCCGCAGCAGCAGCAGCAGCAGCAGCAGCCUCCCUACUCUCAGCAGCCUCCCUCGCAGGGCGCUCACCCCCAGCCCUCGUACCAGCAGCAGCAGCAGCAGGCUCAGCCCGCGGCGCCUGCCGCAGCAUACCCACAGCAGCAGCAGCAGCAGCAGCAGCCCCCCAGCCCGUACCCGCAGCAGCAGCACGCCCAGGGCCAGCCCUACCCGCAGCAGCAGCAGUCCCAGUCCCCCUACCAGCAGCAGCAGCAGCAGCAGCAGGCCCCGGCCCCCUCCUCGUCGUACACGGCCGCGCCGCCGCCCUCGGCCUACGCCCAGCAGCGCUUCCCCCCGCCUCAGGAGUUAUCUCAAGACUCAUUUGGGUCCCAGGCAUCCUCUGCUCCCUCAAUGGCUUCCAGUAAAGGGCAAGAAGACAUGAACUUGAAUCUUCAGUCCAGACCUUCCAGCCUGCCGGACCUGUCUGGUUCCAUAGAUGACCUGCCCAUGGGGACAGAAGGAGCCCUGAGCCCUGGAGUAAGCACAUCAGGGAUUUCCAGCAGCCAAGGAGAGCAGAGUAACCCAGCUCAGUCUCCUUUCUCGCCACAUACCUCUCCUCACCUGCCAGGCAUCAGAGGACCCUCCCCCUCCCCAGUUGGAUCUCCAGCCAGCGUUGCUCAGUCCCGCUCCGGCCCCCUCUCCCCUGCUGCAGUCCCAGGCAAUCAGAUGCCUCCCCGCCCUCCCAGCGGGCAGUCGGACACCAUCCUGCACCCCUCCAUGAACCAGGCGAGCAUCGCGCAGGACCGAGGCUACAUGCAGAGGAACCCCCAGAUGCCCCAGUACAGCUCCCCCCAGCCCGGCUCGGCGCUGUCCCCCCGGCAGUCCUCGGGGGCACAGAUGCACGCGGGCAUGGGGCCCUACCAGCAGAACUCCAUGGGCAGCUAUGGGCCCCAGGGCGGCCAGUAUGGACCUCAAGGUUACCCCAGGCAGCCCAACUACAACGCCAUGUCCAACGCCAGCUACCCCGGCGCGGCCAUGGGGGGCAGCAUCAACCCGCAGCUGCACGGGCAGAGCGCGGUGCCGCCCUACAGCGGGCUGCCCCCGGGCAGGAUGGCCCACGGGGCCAUGGGCAGCCGGCCCUACGGGCCCAACAUGGGCAGCAUGCCCCCCCAGGUGGGCAGCGGGAUGUGCCCCCCGCCCGCCAUGAACCGCAAGGCGCAGGAGGCGGCGGCUGCUGCCAUGCACGCGGCGGCGGCCAACUCCAUCCAGAACAGGCCUCCUGGUUAUCCCAACAUGAAUCAGGGGGGAAUGAUGGGCACUGGACCUCCCUAUGGGCAGGGAAUUAACAGCAUGGCUGGCAUGAUAAACCCCCAGGGCCCACCUUACCCCAUGGGGGGCAACAUGGCCAACAACUCUGCAGGGAUGGCAGCAAGCCCUGAAAUGAUGGGACUGGGGGAUGUCAAAUUAACACCUGCAACUAAAAUGAACAACAAGGCAGAUGGGACGCCCAAAGCAGAAUCCAAGUCAAAGAAGUCCAGUUCCUCAACUACCACCAACGAGAAGAUCACCAAACUGUACGAGCUGGGCGGGGAGCCCGAGAGGAAGCUGUGGGUGGAUCGGUACCUGGCCUUCACUGAGGAGAAGGCCAUGGGCAUGACCAACCUGCCAGCUGUGGGCAGGAAGCCCCUGGACCUGUACAGGCUCUACAUCUCAGUCAAGGAGAUUGGGGGAUUGACUCAGGUCAACAAGAACAAGAAGUGGCGUGAGCUGGCCACGAACCUGAACGUGGGCACGUCGAGCAGUGCAGCCAGCUCUCUGAAGAAGCAGUACAUCCAGUGCCUGUACGCCUUCGAGUGCAAGAUCGAGCGCGGCGAGGAUCCCCCUCCCGACAUCUUCGCAGCUGCUGACUCCAAGAAGUCCCAGACCAAGAUCCAGCCUCCAUCUCCAGCGGGUUCAGGCUCCAUGCAGGGCCCCCAGACACCUCAGUCCACCAGCAGCUCCAUGGCAGAAGGAGGAGACUUGAAGCCACCGACUCCAGCGUCAACGCCACACAGUCAGAUGCCCCCUUUGCCAGGCAUCAGGAGUAACUCGGUGGGCCUGCAGGAUGCCUUUGCAGACGGCAGCGACGCCACGUUCCAGAAGCGGAACUCCCUGACUCCGAACGCAGGGUACCAGCCCAGCAUGAAUACCUCUGACAUGAUGGGUCGCAUGUCGUACGAGCCAAAUAAAGAUCCUUACAGCAGCAUGAGGAAAGCUCCUGGAAGCGAUCCCUUCAUGUCCUCAGGGCAGGGCCCCACCAGUGGCAUGGGUGACCCUUACAACCGCACUGCCGGCCCGGGCAUGGCCAAUAUGGCCAUGGGCCAGCGGCAGCACUACCCCUACGGAGCCCCCUAUGACAGAGUCAGGACGGAGCCCGGGAUGGGAGCCGAGGGCAGCCUGGGCAGCGGGACCCCCCAGCCCAGCAUCCUGCCCUCCACGCCCGACUCGGGCAUGUACUCGCCCAGCCGCUACCCCCAGCAGCAGCAGCAGCAGCAAAGACAUGAUUCCUAUGGCAAUCAAUUCUCCACUCAAGGCACAACCUCGGGCAGCCCCUUCCCCAGCCAGCAAACCACCAUGUAUCAGCAGCAGCAGCAGAACUACAAGCGGCCGAUGGACGGCAGCUACGGGCUCCCGGCCAAGCGGCACGAGGGCGAGCUCUACAGCGUUCCCUACAGCUCGGGCCAGCCGCAGCCACAGCAGCCGCUGCCCCCGGCGCAGCCGCAGCAGCCGCAGCAGCAGCCGCCGGCGCAGCCCUCACCACAGCAGGACCUGUACAACCAGUACGGCAGCACCUACCCCGCCGAGCGCCGCGCCGGCCAGAGCCAGUUCCCCUUCCAGUUCGGCCGGGAGCGCGUGUCGGCCGGCGCCAGCACCGCCCAGCAGAGCAUCCCCCCACAGAUGAUGGGGGGCAUGCAGCCGGCGCCCGAGGGGCCGCAGCAGGGGCCGCUGUGGCAGGGCAGGAACGAGCUGGGCUACGGCAGUUACCCCAACCGGCAGAGCUCGGGCGCCGCGCCCCAGGGCCCCGCCUACCACGGGGUCACUCGAACAGAUGAGAUCCUGCAUUCGGAUCAGAGGGUCAACCACGAGGGACCAUGGCCUUCCCACGGCAACCGGCAACCUCCCUACGGCCCCUCCGCCCCCGUGCCCCCCAUGACCAGGCCCCCCCAGUCCAACUACCAGACUCCCCCCAGCAUGCAGAAUCACAUUCCUCAGGUAUCCAGCCCAGCACCUCUGCCCAGACCUCUGGAGAACCGCACGUCUCCCAGUAAAUCCCCGUUCCUGCACUCGGGGAUGAAGAUGCAGAAGGCGGGGCCGCCCGUGCCCGCCUCGCACAUUGCACCAGCAGCCGUGCAGCCGCCCAUGAUCCGCCGGGACAUCACCUUCCCCCCCGGCUCCGUGGAGGCCACGCAGCCCGUGCUGAAGCAGAGGAGGCGGCUGACGGCAAAAGAUAUCGGAACUCCUGAAGCCUGGAGAGUGAUGAUGUCUCUGAAGUCGGGGCUGCUGGCUGAAAGUACAUGGGCCUUAGAUACCAUAAACAUCCUGCUCUACGAUGACAACAGCAUCAUGACCUUCAACCUCAACCAGCUGCCAGGCUUGCUGGAACUCUUGGUGGAAUAUUUCCGGCGCUGCCUGAUCGAGAUCUUUGGAAUCCUGAAGGAAUACGAGGUAGGAGACCCAGGGCAAAGAACACUAUUAGAUCCUGAAAGGUUCUGCAAAUCCUCAGCUUCCUCCCCUGAAGAAGGGGAGGAGGACGACGAGCCACGGAGCCUGAACUGUGAGGAGGAAGAGGAGGAUGAGGAAGAGGAGGAGGCUGCAUUUUCGAGCAAGGACAAAGUACCUCUAGAGAGCAGCGAGGAGAAGCUAGUGAGUAAAUUUGACAAGCUUCCAGUGAAGGUGGUGCAGAAGAACGACCCCUUCGUGGUGGAUUACUCGGACAAGCUGGGGCGGGUGCAGGAGUUCGACAGCGGGCUCCUGCACUGGCGCAUCGGCGGCGGCGACACCACCGAGCACAUCCAGACACACUUCGAGAGCAAGAGCGAGCUGCCCUUGCCUCACAAACGAGCUUCCUGCUCCUCUGCCCUGAGGAAACGCUCAGCAGCUGAGAGCGCCCCGAGCCCCAGGGAAGGGGAGGCCCCUGCUCCCGACAGCUCCUCGGAGAAGAGGAUAACGGCCACCAUGGAUGACAUGCUGUCGGCACGCCCGGGCUCCCUGGCAGGGGACGAGGAGGAGGUCAAGGCUUUGGAAACGUCGAAGGAGAGCAGCAAGUUUCCCUUUGUUAUCAGCCCAGCUCAGAGCCACAGAAAUAUAAAAAUCCUGGAGGAUGAACCCCACAGUAAGGACGAGACGCCGCUCUGCACCCUUCUGGACUGGCAGGACUCUCUGGCCAAGCGCUGCAUCUGCGUCUCCAACAUCAUCAGGAGUUUAUCGUUUGUGCCAGGCAAUGACUUUGAAAUGUCCAAACACCCCGGGCUGCUGCUGAUUCUAGGGAAACUGAUCCUCCUACACCACAAGCAUCCAGAACGCAAACAGGCCCCCCUGACCUACGAGAAGGAGGAGGAGCAGGACCAAGGGGUGAGCUGCAACAAGGUGGAGUGGUGGUGGGACUGUUUGGAGAUGCUGCGUGAAAACACACUGGUCACGUUGGCCAACAUUUCUGGGCAGCUGGACCUCUCCCCUUACCCGGAAAGCAUCUGUUUGCCUAUCCUGGAUGGACUCCUCCACUGGGCAGUGUGUCCCUCAGCAGAGGCCCAGGAUCCCUUCCCGACACUGGGGCCCAACGCUGUCCUCUCCCCUCAGAGACUGGUUUUGGAAACACUCAGCAAACUCAGCAUCCAGGACAACAACGUGGAUUUGAUCCUCGCCACGCCGCCCUUCAGCCGCUUGGAGAAGCUGUACAGCACCAUGGUGCGGUUCCUCAGUGACAGAAAGAACCCGGUGUGCCGGGAGAUGGCCGUGGUGCUGCUGGCCAACCUGGCGCAGGGGGACAGCCUGGCCGCCAGAGCCAUCGCCGUGCAGAAGGGCAGCAUCGGCAACCUGCUGGGCUUCCUGGAGGACAGCCUGGCAGCCACGCAGUUCCAGCAGAGCCAGGCGGGGCUGAUGCACAUGCAGAGCCCUCCUUUCGAGGCCACCAGCGUGGACAUGAUGCGCCGUGCCGCCCGCGCGCUGCUGGCCCUGGCCAAGGUGGACGAGAACCACUCGGAGUUCACCUUGUACGAGUCGCGGCUCUUGGACAUCUCUGUGUCGCCUUUGAUGAACUCUUUGGUUUCACAAGUUAUUUGUGAUGUACUGUUUUUAAUUGGCCAGUCAUGACAGCUGUGGGAUCCGAGCCCCCGUGUGCGUGUGCGUGAGUGGAGAACUUAGAAACUGACUGUUGCCCUUUAUUUAUGCAAAACCACCUCAGAAUCCACUGUCUGCCCUGCGCUGUCCUGCUUCUCCCUCGGGGAAGGAUGUCCCCGGCCCCUCUCCCCCUUCCCUGCCCUUCAAAUUUGUCCUGAAUCCCUUAUUAAAGGAGACAAAGUUCUGUCUACAUAGAAGACUUUUUUUAUUUUAACCAAAGUUACUGUCGUUUACAGUGAGUUUGGGGAAAGACGACUUGCCGUGUUAUCCCAUUGACAGGCACCACUUUCAUAACUGUUUUUAAUGGUAAACUCUGAAGGACAAAAAGUGACUGCUGAACUCUGUGUGGUUUAUCGUUGUACAUUCACAAUCUUGCAGGAACCAAGAAGUUACCAGUUGUGAACAGACCUUGUCCAAGGGAGGCCUGUGCAGUAGCGUGUAGAACUCCAUGUACUGUACACCUUAAACUGUAAACAUACUGUAAUAAUGUCUCACAUGGAUUUAAAAAAAAAAGAAAAAAACGCUGGAUCAGCAGCAAGCUGUAGUUUUUAAAAAUGUUUUUAGUUAAUGUUGAGGAGAAAAAAAGGCUUUUCCCCCAAAGUAUAAUGUGUGAACCUACAACACCCUGACCUCUUUCUCUCUUCCUCCUUGAUUGUAUGAAUAACCCUGAGAUCACCUCUUAGAACUGGUUUUAACCUUUAGCUGCAGCCCAGCGCUGCCACGUGUGUAUAUAUAUAUGACGUUGUACAUUGCACAUACCCUGAGACUCCUGCAGUUUUGUCCCCUCCCACCCUUUAUAGUAUGACGAGUUAACGAGUUGAUGACCUGCAAAAGCGAGACACAAUUAUUUAAUCUCUUGCCAGACAUCCCUCCCUGGAGGAUGCUGUACAGGUCUCUGUGUAUAAAGUCAUUGCUGUCUCAGCAGCCAAUCAACUUAUAGUUUAUUUUUUCCUGUUUUUGUUUUCUUUCUAAUCGAGGUGUGAAAAAGUUCUAGGUUCAGUUGAAGUUCCUGAUGAAGAAACACAAUUGAGAUUUUUCAGUGAUGAAUUCUGCAUAUUUGUAUUUCAGACGAUGUAGCUAAAAACUUGAUGUAAAUUCCUCCCUUUUUUCCUUUUUUGGCUUAAUGAAUAUCAUUUAUUCAGUAUGAAAUCUUUAUACUAUAUGUUCCACGUGUUAAGAAUAAAUGUACAUUAAAUCUUGGUAA